AUGCGACUGCUAUGGGCCCUCCUCACUCUAGGUCCUGCUGUGCUUGCUCUUCCCUCGAACGACUCUGUGUCGCUGGAAUGGGGCGUGUAUCGCCCAAACCUCUACUUCGGCCUCAGGCCCCGGUUGCCGCAAUCGCUUAUGACCGGCCUUAUGUGGUUUGGUACCCAGAACUACCAGUCUAUCACCAGUGCAAGACACGCAUGUGAUCAGGGGGAUGGUCUCAACGGCUAUUCAUGGACCGAGUACGACGCGCGCGAAGGUGGUGUACAAGUCAUCAAAGAUGGGCCAAACAACGUGAUCAUCACCACUGAGUUUCUGAAAAUUCCUGGGGGAGAGCAUGGUGGUAGUUGGGCUGCACGUAUCAAAGGGAAGCCAAUGGACCCAGCUUUUCCUAGCCGUAUCUCUGCAAUAUUUUAUGCUGGCCUAGAAGGCCUUGGCGGUUUGGAUAUGGAAACGGAGGAAGAUGAUAAUGGAAUAGAAGGCCCUAUACAGUUUGUUGGGUCAUCUCCCGAUUUGGACGAGUUUACCAUUAGAAUUGAAGAUGGUCCCAGCAAUGACGCGUUGACGACUGGCCCGCAUGCCGCCGACUUCGCCCAUCGACUUGAAAGGACCCAUUUCAUUGGCCGUCAUGUCCAACCAGGAACAGUCUGGCAAGCUAGAGAACAUCUCAUAAAGAACAUUCUGACGCAUGGGCAAGAGGUCUUAUCACCAUACACAGAAUCUCCUUUGGGUCUUCCGGAUCCGUCCUUUGGCUUACAAUUCUCGGAUGACGUCUAUACUGGAAGCAACUUGUAUGCUGUGCAAAAAAUGUUCGACGGACCGUUUCAAUUCGACGUGUUCUACGAGAGUGCAAGCGCUAAGCAGAAGCUUAGUGCUACGAUAUUGGACGAAGGCGUGCCUGCUCUUGUCGCGAAAUACGACCAGAGAUUCGACAGCGCUUUUCCCGUCCCUUCAUCCUACCCAGCAUCUGACGUGGUUGCACUCAAGGCAUUCUCCAAGGCGAUCACAUCUAACCUCGUUGGUGGUAUUGGUUAUUUCUACGGCACUUCGAUCGUCAACAAAGGGUUUUCCUACGAUUGGGAUAAAGAGGAUCUGGAUUCCUCGAGCUCAGACGACAUCGAGGAGGGGGCUAAAUUGACAGAACCCAGAGCCCUUCUGACAGCCACUCCUAGCAGAAGCUUCUUCCCACGUGGGUUUUACUGGGAUGAGGGAUUCCAUUUGUUGCAUAUCGGCGAGUGGGACAACGAUCUCAGCCUUGAGAUCUUGAAAGACUGGAUCAAUCUCAUCGACGAUGAUGGUUGGGUAGCACGGGAGCAAAUUCUAGGCGAGGAAGCUCGCAGCAGGGUACCUGCAGAAUUUCAGACACAAGUUCCAACAAAUGCCAAUCCCCCGACGCUAGCUAUGGCAAUCACGGCUUUUAUCGAUCGCCUGAAACGUGUAUCAGCGGAGCCCUCUGACCAGGAACUUGGCAUGGACCUGGGACCAAACUCCCAGAUCCCCCUAACUGGCUCCCCUGUCUCGUCUGUCGGGAGCCGCUAUCUCGAGUCACACGAGCUCGCGCUCGAAUAUCUCGGGUCGAUCUACCAGCCGCUCAAGCGCCACUAUGACUGGUUCCGCCGCACACAGCGCGGCCAGAUCAAGCAGUACUCGCGCAAAGCACGUUCACGCACAGAGGCAUACCGAUGGCGCGGACGCAGCGAGCUGCAUGUGCUAACGAGCGGAAUGGACGACUACCCACGCGGACCCCCGCACGCAGGUGAGCUGCAUCUGGAUCUGAUUUCGUGGAUGGCAUUUUUCUCGCGGACCAUGCGGGAGAUCGCGGAGUUUAUCGGAGAGGAUGAUGAUGCCGCGGCGUUUGAAGAGAUCGAGAGGGCUACAAUUGAUAACAUUGAUGACCUGCACUGGAGCGAGGAGCAUCAGAUGUAUUGCGAUGCUAACGUGGAUGACGAUGAUGAGUCCUACCACGUCUGCCACAAGGGAUAUCUUUCCAUUUUCCCAUUUAUGCUCGGCCUCCUCCCACCCGACUCACCGCACCUAGGGUCAAUCCUCGAUAUGGUCCGCGACCCCAAGCACCUCUGGUCCCCAUACGGUCUACGCAGUCUCUCUAUUUCGCAUCCUGAGUUUGGUAAGGGCGAGAACUACUGGAAAGGCCCCAUUUGGAUGCAGAUGAACUUCCUUGCGCUGAAAGCGCUGUACAAGACGUACGCCGCGCAGGAGGGACCAUAUCAGCAACGCGCCCGGGAGAUUUAUGCCGAGCUGAGGCAGAACGUCGUUGACAAUACCUUCAAGGAAUAUCAACGCACGGGUUACGUGUGGGAGCAAUACGAUGCGGUAACUGGAGAAGGAAAACGAAGUCAUCCUUUCACUGGAUGGACGUCGCUCGUGACUUUGAUACUAUCGGAAAAAUACUGA